UGAGCUGGGCCCGGCUGGCGGCUGCGGUGGGCGGGGUCGGCCGAGCCCGUCCGGCGCGGUCUUCCCCACGGACCCAGCGCUGCUGGGGGCGGUGCCAUUAAGGCCCCGCCUCCCGCGUCGACUCCGAUUGGCUCUGGCGCGACGCCGUCGGCUCGCGGGGGGCGGAGACUCGGGCCGCUCCUCCCAGAGGCCGGGGCCGGGCCGCGUCGUCAGCCGCUGCGGUCCUUCCGGUUUCUGGCAGCCGCGUCGCCUCCUUCCGAAGGCUGGGGUCCUCCUUUCGCAGCGAACCCGUUGGGCGCCGUCCAGCCCAACACCGGGUCGCUCCGGGUCUCGCCCCUCGGGAGGCCCUCGGCCCCUCGUUGCCCACUUCCCUGGAGGUGCCGGCCCCUCCCGCCCCUCUAAAAUGUCCAAUCACCUCCAGAGGGUCUUCCUGAAACCCGCAGAGGAAAGCUCGGGCAACGCCUCGCAGUGUGUUUCAGGCUGCAUGUACCAAGUAGUUCAGACGAUUGGCUCGGAUGGAAAAAAUCUUCUGCAAUUACUUCCAAUUCCUAAUUCUUCUGGAAAUCUUAUACCGCUAGUUCAAUCUUCAGUCAUGUCUGAUGCUUUGAAAGGGAAUACAGGAAGCCCAGUUCAAGUUACUAUUCAGACUCAGAUUUCCAGCUCUUCCACAAGUGCAUCAGUUCAAUUGCCCAUUUUUCAGCCAGCCAGUUCUUCAAACUAUUUUCUUACAAGAACAGUAGAUACAGCAGAAAAAGUUAGAGUUACUUCUGUGGGAACUGAAAGUUUUACCUCAUCAGUUUCUAAAGUUCAGAGUCAUGGUGUGAAAAUUGAUGGACUCACCAUGCAAACAUUUGCUGUUUCUCCCUCCUCAACACAAAAUGAUUCACCUUAUAUUUUAGUAAAUACUCAGAGUCUUCCAAUGACUGUGAAGUCUCCAGUUUUGCCUUCUGGGCAUCAUUUACAGAUUCCUGCCCAUGCUGAAGUGAAAUCUGUACCAGCGUCUUCAUUGCCUCCUUCAGUUCAGCAAAAGAUACUUGCAACUGCAACCACAAGUACCUCAGGAACAGUUGAGGCCUCCCAAAUACCAACUGUUAUUUACGUAUCUCCUGUAAACACAGUGAAAAAUGUAGUUACCAAGAACUUUCAAAACAUUUACCCAAAACCUGUUACAGAAAUAGCAAAGCCAGUGAUACUAAAUACACAAAUUCCAAUGAAUGUUGCUAAAGAGACACAAUUAAAAGGUGGUCAGCAUUCUCAAGCUGCUCCUGUGAAAUGGAUUUUUCAAGAAAAUCUACAGCCUUGCACUCCAUCUCUUGUUCCUGUUAAGUCUUCAAAUAAUGUGGCUUCAAAGAUUUUAAAAACUUUUGUAGAUAGGAAAAGUUUGGGAGAUAAUAUAAAUAUGCCAUCAUUGAGUACUGUGAGUCCUAGUGGGACACAAUCCAAAAGUAUGCCUAUUAAAGAUAAUGCUUUGGUUAUGUUUAAUGGGAAAGUCUAUCUAUUGGCUAAAAAGGGGACAGAUGUUUUGCCAUCACAAAUUGACCAACAGAAUUCUGUUUCUCCUGAUAUUCCACCAAGAAAUGAUACAUCACAAAUAGUGAGUUCAAGUGCAGUGACAGAAAUAUCCAGAGAGGUUGUAAAUAUUGUUUUGGCUAAAAGUAAAUCUUACCAGAUGGAGACAAAGUCACUCUCAAAUAUUCAGCCUGCUUCCAUGAUCAAUCUAAGGGCAGAGAAGAAUAAAAAAGUGGAGAAACCAUCUCUUUCUACCCCAAACCCACAUAAUAUGAAUCAAUCCAUUAACUACUUAAAACAGAGUAAGACUUUAUUCACAAAGCCAGACUUUCCAGAUGGAUUUAGUACAGUACAAAAUGCCCCCAGAAAAGGAAAUACCAUCCAGAGCAGAGAGAAAAUAAGUUCCUCUGUUGAUGCAACAACUCUUACUUCACAACAGUGUGUUUUCAGAGACCAAGAACCAAAGAUCCAGAAUGAGAUGGCAUCAACAUUCAAAAAAGUUACUCAAGAAAGAAAUGACAAGAACCAUUCCCAAGGAGGAAGCAAUAAGGCAUCAUAUCUGAAGAAUGAUGCUGAAUUUAAAAAGAUAUUUGGUCUCACUAAAGAUUUGAGAGUGUGCCUUACUCGGAUUCCUGAUAAUUUGGGCUCUGGAGAAGGUUUUGACUCCUUUAGCAAGAGUGAUACUUACAAAGAGACAGAGUUGAUAGUGAAGGAGGAAAAGAAAAAACAGGGUUUUGAUAAGAAAAGAAAAGCAAAAGCCGUUAAGAAGAUGGAUCACACAAAGAAGAGAAAAACAGAGAGUGUUCAUAACACAGCUGUAAAUGGAGGAAAUAAUGUCACCAUGUCCCAACUUGUCAGCAGUAUUUUACCAGCUUCAGAUGUAUCACGUCAUAACAUUCUCACAGGCCACAACAAAACCAGAGAAGAAAAGAGAACUGAGGUUGAACACUAUACCCCAGAGAACCAGGAAAAAGGCACAUUGAGUUCAAAUGCAGCUUUUGAACAAAGUCAUUCCUUUAAUAAAAAUUAUACGGAAGAUAUUUUUCCCAUAAUGCCACCAGAGUUAGAAGAAACCAUUCGAGAUGAAAAAAUAAGAAGACUUAAGCAGGUGCUGAGAGAGAAGGAAGCAGCUCUUGAAGAAAUGCGUAAGAAGAUGCACCAAAAAUAAUAAAAUACUUCUGUACUUAAAGACCGCAAUGAAAUAUACGUGUGUUUCUUUCAUACAGUUUCGCAUUAAGUUAAUUAUGGAUGCAUUCUGAAAGUGUUUUGAAUAUGAAACUUUCUUUCAUCAGUUGAUGAUUAAAUUUUAUUUAAGGACUACAAAAAAUAUUGAUUCACACAUGACUCUUGUGAAUAAUCUACCUGGGGUAUCUGAAUCUUUGUCUAGAUACCUUUUAUGUUCUAUUUUUCUAUUUUAAUUAGAAUUCCUGAAAUUUGAA